UUUAUUCGUCGUCCAAGUUUUUUUUUAGAAGAAAUUUUUGUUAAAAAUUUUUAAUAUUAUAAAAAGUGUAAAAUUGAAAUAAAUAAUAUUUGAAAUAUUAAAAUAAUUAAUAUAUUUAUAAUUAUAAAGUUCGAUUUAACUGCAAAUAUUGAAAUAGAGUUCGAAAUAAAGUGAAUAAAUGAAAUGGAAAAAAAAUUUUUUUUUUUGUACUUUAGUGAUUUUUAUAUGAAUAUGUAAUAGAAAUAAAAAAAAAUUACUGGCGAAAAAAAACACGAAAUGAAAAUUUAAUUUUUAAGCAAAAAAAAACAAAAAAUCAAAUAUUCUUGCCACCAUUUAAUUGUGUACUAUUUAUUAGCAUUUUUCUCUAAAUUAAUUGACAAAUUGAAAAAAAUUAAAUGACAAAAUCAAACUAUAAAAACGUACUAAAGACCGCCAUUUAUGAAAAGAGUAAAUUAAAAAUAAAGAAUAUUAUAAUUUAUAUGUAUAACAUAUAAGUGUACAUAAGUACAUAAUAAUAAAAAAAAAACAUAAUAAUAACCAACAAAUGAAACAAUGCAUCACGUUCCAGUUUUGAUAUUAAAUUCAUAUAUUAUCUAGUCCCCGCUUAAGUAUAUCAAUACUAACAAUAUUUACAUAAUAUACGUAUAUAUAUAUAUGAAUUAUAGCGAUAAAUUUUAUGUCGUACAUGCACAAUAAAUAAAAACCAACUUUUUGAAAAUAAACCAAUUUUUUGUCAUAUUAUUAUAUGAACACGAUUUUAUAUUGUAUAACAGAUAUACAUAAGUAUAUGUGUAUACAUUAUUAAUAAUAGUCAACAAAACAAUAACAAAAAAUAAUACUAAUAAUAAUAAUAUGCUAUAAAUUUAAGAAGCAUUUACAAAAACACAAUACCAUUACUAUUUUAAAGCCGUAUUUUAUUAAUGUUCUGUAAUUAAAAGAAAUAAAAAGCACGUGCCAAACAAUAAGAAAAAAGUAUAAAACAAAAAAUAAUCCAUCUAUAAUAGCACAAGAAAUAAAUAUUGUAAUUAAAAACUCUACAACAGUUCUACAAUUUUUUUGGAUUUCAUAAAUAUUAACUUACAUAUAAAGUACAUAAAGUUUAAAAUAUUAUAAUAUUAAUGAGUCAUACAAAAAAAGAAAGUGUUUUUUAAAGUGUAUUUUAAAUAUUGAAUACUUCAAAUUCCUAAAAUUUAUAAUACAAUAUUAAUAUAAAAAAUUUAACGCACAACAUUAUUACACCUUUUUGAAUAUCUUCGAAUUCAACAAACUGUUAUAUUAUAAAAUUCUAAUAUCCACAAUUAUACAUACUAAUACUUCAAAAUUGUCAUAUUUUGUAAUAUAUUUUAUGAAUUAUUGUUAUAUAUACUUAGCUUUUAUAUUUAAAAAAUAAGAAAAAAAAUAAUAAGAACAUCAAUUGAAAGCAAAUGUGUAAGAAAAUAACAUAGGUAUACUGAUAACUGCUAUACAAAAAAAAAUUGUAACUGUUAUACAGAAGGUUGUAACUGUUAUACAACAUUUAUACUAAUUGCCACGGAAAAUUCAUACAAUUUUAAAUGUUGAAUAUGAAAUAUUUAAAUUAAAUUUUGAAAAUAUAACACUUACUAGAAGCAAACAAGUAAUAUACACACGAGCAUAUUAUAUAUAUAUAUAUUUUUUAUAAUUUCUAAUAAUAUAAACCAAAAAAAGGAACAAAACAUAAGAAACAUAUAAAAUUUUAUACAAUUUGAAUAACACUGGACGGAAAAAUGUUUCGUCCAGUUGUUUUAAUAAAAAACAUUAAUUCAAUGUUUUCAUCUAUCAUUAAAAUAACAGUAAUUCUGUUACAAUUUUCUAUAAUAAUAACGGUAUGCAAUAUAAAUUUAAUUGCAUCAACCGCAACAGCAUUUACGCAAUUUGAAUCAGAAAUAAUAUCAGACAAUUCACCACCAUCAACACCAACAGCAUUAUCAUCAUCGUCAUCAGAUUUAACUGAUUCUACAAAUAGUUAUAUAAUUAGUAACAUAAAUGAUUCAAAUAAUAAAAUUGGUGACGGAAGCGUUGGUAACGUUGGUAAUGAUAAUAAUUUAAAAAAUGAUAGUAAUAAAAUUAGAAAUACUAUUGCUGAUGCUAUAAAUUCUUUAAGUAAUUUUGGUAUAAUUAAUACAAGUGGCAAUAGUGGAAAUAUUGAUAGUGUUACUAAUAUUAAUAAUGGUAAUACUGGUCAUAUUGAUGGUAUCUCUAGUAAUUUUGAUGAUCAAAUAAUAUCUGAUGGUGGAGGAUACAGUUCAAAUAUUGAUGGUGGUAAAUAUGGUAUACAUCCACGUUAUAGAACUUUUGUUGGUAAUAAUGAUGGUCUUAUUCAAAUUGGUGAUGGCAGUGACGGUGAUAAUUAUGUACCAAGUCAACCACGUAACGUUACUAUUUUAAAUGUAACAUCAGAUACAAUAAAACUAUCAUGGUAUGAACCAGAAAAUCAAAAUGGUGCCAUUGUUGGUUAUCAUAUUUUUUAUGUACAUGACAAUCAAACCGAAGUAGCUAUUGUUAAAAAUUUCGGUAAUUCAGCUGGUCCACUUCUAAACUGUGUUUUAGAUAAAUUAAAACCAUAUACCGAAUAUCGAAUAACAGUUAAAGCAUUUACAACAAAAAAUGAAGGAGAAGGAUCAACACCUAUUUAUCAAAGAACUGAUAUAAGCGGCCCAUCACCACCAAUAAUAUUAAAUUUAACAUGCCAUUCACAGGAUGCAUUAAGAAUACGUUGGAAAAGACCAAAUGAUUAUUAUAAUACAAUCGAUUUAUAUGUAAUUAGUUUUCGUCCUGUUGGUACAACUGAAUAUGAAAAUCGUAAAGAGAAUGCAUCAACUGAACAUUUAGAAACAAUGAUGAUUCUAGAAAAUUUAACAACAAAUUCCAUAUAUGAAGUAAAAGUAUGCGCUGCAUCCCGUAGUGUUAUGAAUCCACGUAAAUUGGUUUUUGGCAAAUAUUCAGAACCAAGAAAGAUCCUUUUGCAUCCAAAUUGUGAAAAAAUUCAACCCUUGUUACGGCAAUCACAUAGUGAUUACAAUUUAGCUGUAUUAGUUGGUAUUGUAUUCAGUUGUUUUGGGAUCGUUCUGAUUGUGAUGGCAUUUUUCUUAUGGAGCAGGAAAUGUUUUCAUGCUGCUUACUAUUAUUUGGAUGAUCCACCAAAUCAUCCAACAAUACCUCAAGUUGAUUGGGAAGUUGCAAUUGAAGUUGGCGGUGAAAUACGUGCUGCUGUACCAGUUAAUGAAUUUACAAAACAUGUUGCAUCUUUACAUGCUGAUGGUGAUAUUGGAUUUAGUCGAGAAUAUGAAGCAAUACAAAAUGAAUCAAUUGUUGAAGAUUUACCCUGUGAACAUUCACAACAUCCAGAAAAUAAAAGAAAAAAUCGUUACCUCAAUAUAAUUGCAUAUGAUCAUAGCCGUGUUCAUUUACAUCCGAUGCCAGGACAAAAGAAAAAUUUAGAUUAUAUUAAUGCAAAUUUUAUUGAUGGCUAUCAAAAAUCUAGAGCAUUUGUUGGUACACAGGGUCCAUUACCAGAUACAUUUGAUUGCUUUUGGCGUAUGAUAUGGGAACAACGUGUCGCAAUUAUUGUUAUGAUUACAAAUUUAGUUGAAAGAGGACGUCGUAAAUGUGAUAUGUAUUGGCCAAAAGAUGGUACUGAAACUUAUGGUGUUAUACAAGUAAAAUUAGUUGAAGAAGAAGUUAUGGCUACUUAUACUGUAAGAACAUUACAAAUUAAGCAUUUAAAGUUAAAGAAAAAGAAGCAAAUAAAUAGUGAAAAAAUUGUUUAUCAAUAUCAUUAUACAAAUUGGCCUGACCAUGGAACACCGGAUCAUCCUUUACCAGUAUUAAAUUUUGUUAAAAAAUCAUCAAGUGCUAAUCCACCAGAUGCUGGACCAAUUGUUGUUCAUUGCAGUGCUGGUGUUGGUCGUACUGGCACAUAUAUAGUAUUAGAUGCAAUGUUAAAACAAAUGGCUGCAAAAGGUGUUAUUAAUGUAUUUGGUUUCUUACGUCAUAUAAGAAAUCAAAGAAAUUUCUUAGUUCAAACAGAAGAACAAUAUAUAUUUAUACAUGAUGCAUUAGUUGAAGCGAUUGCAAGUCAAGAAACAAAUUUGCGACGUGAUCAAAUUGAUGAACUUAAAAAUAAUACAACAUUCUUGGAAAAUCAAUAUAAAAAUAUAAUACAAUUUCAAACAAAAGAUAUUCAUAUUGCAUCAGCAAUGAAACAAGUUAAUUCAAUUAAAAAUCGUGGUGCUAUAUUCCCAAUUGAAGGUAGUCGAGUACAUUUAACCCCAAAACCAGGAGAAGAUGGUAGCGAUUAUAUAAAUGCAUCAUGGUUACAAGGAUUUAGACGUUUAAGAGAUUUUAUUGUAACACAACAUCCAAUGUCACAUACUGUUAAAGAUUUUUGGCAAAUGGUAUGGGAUCAUAAUGCUCAAACAAUUGUACUAUUGUCAUCACUAGAUGAAAUUACAUUUGCACAAUUUUGGCCUGAUGAAACGCAACCCAUUGAAAGCGAUUAUUAUCGUGUUAAAUUUUUAAGUAAAACAAAUAAAAAUGACUACGUUAGUCGUGAUUUUGUUAUACAAUCAAUACAGGAUGAUUAUGAAUUAAAUGUUAAAAUGUUACAUUGUCCUAGUUGGCCAGAUAUGACGAAUCCAAAUAGUAUUUAUGAUUUUAUUGUUGAUGUACAUGAUCGUACCAGUGAUUAUCGUAAUGGACCAAUUGUUGUUGUUGAUAGAUAUGGUGGAGCUCAGGCAUGUACAUUUUGUGCAAUAACAUCAUUAUCAAUGGAAAUGGAAUAUGAUCGUACAGCAAAUAUAUAUACAUAUGCCAAAUUAUAUCAUAAUAAACGUCCUGGUGUAUGGACAUCAAGUGAAGAUAUAUGCCUUAUAUAUAAUAUAUUAUCAUAUUUACCAUCAAAUUUACAAUUAUUAAAACGUACAGCAAUUCGUACAGAAUUUGAAGAAGUUACUACAGCAACACCGGAUUUAUACAGUAAAAUCUGUAGUAAUGGUAAUAUUAGUAGCACAUUAAAUUCAAAUCAGUUAACUAAUAUUAAUAUAAAUGCUACUAUUAAUAAUUCUGUUGGUGCUGGUACUGAUGCUAAUGAACAAACAACAAUAUUAAACAAUGGUUCAACAAUAAUUGGAACUGGUGAUAUUACAACAACCCCAUCUGAUGGCAUCAUAAUGAUACCACCAAUACAAACUGUACCCUUGGAUGUUGUUAUAUCGGCUGGUGGUGUUAAUAUUGGUAAUUCAAUUGGUUUACAUCAUAAUCAUCAUAAUCAACAACCACUUCAACAUCCAUUAAAUCAAAUUGAUAAUGAUAUAACAUCUGUAGCUGUUACAGAUGCUCAAAAAUUAGAUGUUGUAGGUUAAAAUAAAUAAAUAUAUUAUAUAUAAAUUUAGGUGUAUAUGUAAAACGAUGACAUUAAAAGUAUUUAAUAAUACAAAAAAACAACAAAAACACAAAUUCAUAUAUAGUACAUAUACCUAUAUAUACACAUAAAAUAUACACAAAUGAAAAACCAGUAAAGUAAUACA